CAGAAAAAGUGGAUGGCCUUGUAGAGAAGUUAAUUUUAAUUUUGUCCUCUCCACACUCAUUGUGACCAGUUGUCGUAAGAUGGAUGCUUCAGGCAGUCUCCUUCCUCCUGUGGCUGGAAAUGGUGAGACAGCUAACGCCCAAGAACUACAAAAACUUCUGAUUGAUGAAAAAAUGCGAUGUGAACACCAUAAGACAAAUUAUCAAACUUUGAAGGCAGAACAUCUAAGAUUGAAGGAGGAAUAUACCAAAUCACAAGAUGAACUGGAGCGGUUGUUAGUUGAAAAGCAGACUGCACAUGACAAAUUCCAGCUGCUUCUCGCUGAAUUUGAAGAGCAGUUGGUGAGUAAAACACAGGAGCUGGAAGAACUGAAGAUGCAGGUGUUAACGCCUCAAAAAUUGGAACUAUUAAAAGCACAAAUACAGCAGGAAUUGGAAUCUCCAAUGACAGAACGUUAUCAGAAGCUAGAAAAUGAAGUGGAAAAAUACAGAAGAGAAUACAACAAACUUCGUUAUGAACAUACUUUUCUGAAAUCAGAAUUUGAACAUCAAAAGGAAGAACACGCACGUAUUUUAGAAGAGAAGAAACUAAAAUACGAGGCUGAGAUUGCAAGGCUGGAUAAUGAUAAAGAAGAGCUCCAUAAUCAGCUGCUUAGUGUUGAUCCCACGAGGGACAGCAAACGCGUGGAGGCACUCUCUAGAGAAAAAGCACAACUGUAUCAGAAAUUAAAAGGCUUAGAAGCAGAAGUAGAAGAGCUAAGAGCAGAACGAGACAAUUGUGGUCUGCAAGCAGAAAGCGUUCAAAGAGUCCAAGUGCGACAGUUAGCUGAGAUGCAGGCUGUGACAAGAUCUCUAGAGGCAGAAAAGAAGUCUGCUGAACUACAAAUUGAUCGAAUGGAGAAAGAACUACAGAAGAGUCAUGAGCAAAACAUUCUCUUAAUUAGCAAACUUCACAAAUCUGAACGAGAAGUCAAUAACUUAGCUGCUAAAGUAAAAGAACUUAAGCAUUCACAUAAACUGGAAGUAACCAAUGUCAAACUUGAGGCAGCAAGAGCAAAGAGUGAGGUAGAAAGAGAGAGAAACAAGAUCCAAAGUGAAAUGGAUGGUCAUAGAUCUGACAAUUCAUUUUUGGAAUCCAGUGUGGAGCGUCAUAAGUUGCUUUUAGUAGGAAAGGAUCGGGAGCUAAUCCAUAAAGUUCAAGCUGCCAAAGAGGAAGUGUUUGAAAAACUUACAGCCUUACAGGAUGAAAAGUUAGAACUCGAGAACAGAUUAGCUGAUCUAGAGAAGAUGAAACUGGAACAAGAUACUUGGCGACAAUCUGAAAAGGACCGGUAUGAGGAGAAACUACGUGUUGUACAGAUGGCAGAAGAAUCUGCCAAGAAGGAACUUCAGCGUUUGCGACUAAAAAUUCAACAGCAAGCUAUUCGAGCUAUUCAAGCAAGUACAGCAGAGAAACUGAAAGAGAAGAGACAUGAAAUUGCUGAUCUGAGACAGCAAAUUGACGACUUGCAGCUCCAGGUCACGUCACUUUCUCAAUCAGAAAAUGAGUUGCUGGAGUCUAAUCAGAAGCUGAAGGGAAAAAUAGAGAGGUUGAAACAAGAAUGUCAACAUGCAAGGACUCAGGCAGGAAAAGCUCAACUGGAAACAGAGAAGACUUUUGAACACCAGCGGAGGGAAUGGCUGGAGGAGAAGCGUGUGCUUACUCAGCGCAUCACAGAGACAGAAGGGAAGUACAACCAAAUGAAGAACAGGCUAUCCCGAGCUGCUGUGGCCCAGAAGAAGGCAGGUUCACUCUUCCUCCAUAGAAAUAGAUUGAAGAGGAUGCAAGAGGAACUAGAACUUUUGGAAGCCAAGAUAGAACAACUAGAAACAGAAAAUCAGGUGUUAAAUAGGCAGAAUGUUUCCUACGAAGAAUACACCCGGCUCCAGAGGAGACUGAAGGACUUGCAACGUCGGCACAAUGAGUUCCAUGAAGGUAAAGAAGAUGAAAUGAAACAGAAAUGGAAAAAGUGCUGA